AUGAGCGAGGUUUCGUCUCCAUCUAGGCAAAAGGCUGUACGAGCCUGCGCUGCUUGCCAAAAGUACAAGAGACGCUGCGACAAGGCCUUGCCGGGCUGUUCUUUAUGCACCAGACUGCGCCGGUAUUGCGAUUAUACCAAUCGGCAAACGGAGAAUGAGCUCAAAACUCGCAUUCAGGAGCUCGAGUCGCUCGUCACUAAUCACGUCACAAAAGUCUCUCCUCAGGCACUAUCCACGCCGGCAUCGUCCAGCCAAGGCACCGGCAGCUUGCCAACGUCGCAAACAGCGACUUCUUUCUACCCAGCUUCCCUACGCUUCCAGAAGCUUUUCCUAGAUUCAGAUAUCAAGACCCGUCCAGAUGCUCCUCCACCGCCAUCCAGCGACAUGAUCCCUGCUGCCGCUCUUUCUUAUCUGAGUGAUCAAGCACAGAGUGCCUCCAUCAUGUCACAGUACUUUGAAACCGUCCACAAGUGGAUGCCCAUUAUCAGUCGAGUCCGCUUAACCUCUUUGGCCGACGUAGAGCUUAACAGCCGCCCCAGAGCUGAUUUCGCGUUGUUACUUCUGACUAUGAAACUCAUCCAACAGGUGCCGGGAAGCUCGUCCGACGCGGUUAGAGAUCCUUUGUACUUAUGCACUAAAGAAUUUGCAGCUUCUUUAGAUAUUGCAGGCGUAUAUACACUACUCAAACUUCAGGCUCAGCUGCUUAUUGCCGUUUAUGAGAUGGGCCACGGUAUCUUCCCGGCUGCCUAUGUUUCUGUGGGGUGCUGCGUUACCCAAGCCAUGACCCUCGGCAUCCAUAAUCGAGAAGCACCUCAGAUCUUAGAACAACCACGCACUUGGGUAGACUGGGAAGAAAGACAACGAAUCUGGUGGUUUAUUGUAAUCCUCGAACGAUAUGUCAACUCUGUAGGAGACAACAGACCUCUGCUGUCUGCUGAUCCGCAGACUACAUCUCACCUACCUGUUGACGAUGAUGCUUGGGACUCUGGCCAUGCAAUGUAUCCUGAACGGCUUAUUCUAUCCUCAUCGAAACAUCUCUCUGCAAGUCCAUUCGCCCGUCUUGCUCAAGCAUCCCAUCUACAAGGAGAAGUCAUCAAACACUGCAACGACGAAACGCAGAGUCUAGCGCACGUGAAGAAUAGCGUUGAAAUGCUUAGCCAAGUAUUAUUGAGCUUCUUAGAAGUCAUCAGCAAGGACAGAGCUAGCAUGAUGCAUUUCUAUAGCUCUGUGGGUGUUUGUUUAAGGUGA